GCCGCCGACCCGGAAGCGCUUUAGCCCAGCCUCGCUCGGUGGCGGGGGCCGAAGAUGGCCGAGUCCCCGGAGGAGGUGGCGGUGCUGGUGCAGCGGGUGGUGAAGGACCUUAACAACGCCUUCAAGCGGAACCCCCACAUAGAUGAAAUUGGGUUAAUACCCUGUCCUGAAGCCAGGUAUAACCGGAGCCCUAUAGUCCUCGUAGAAAACAAGCUUGGCGUGGAGAGUUGGUGUGUCAAGCUUCUUUUGCCAUAUGUCCACAACAAACUCCUCCUCUAUAGACAAAGAAAGCAAUGGCUGAACAAAGAUGAAUUGAUAGAUAUCACGUGUACGCUGCUGCUACUAAACCCAGACUUCACCACUGCAUGGAAUGUAAGGAAAGAACUAAUAUUAUCUGGCACUUUAAGUCCAGUUAAGGAUUUACAUCUUGGAAAACUGGCAUUAACGAAGUUUCCGAAGAGUCCAGAAACAUGGAUUCACAGACGAUGGGUGCUGCAACAACUAAUUCAGGAAAACUCCUUGCCAACUCUUGUAACUAAAGGGAACUUGGGAACAGUGCCUAUGGAAAGAAUUCAACGAUUAGUGCAGGAGGAAAUGGAUGUCUGCUGUGAAGCUGCUGGGAGAUAUCCAAGCAACUACAAUGCCUGGUCCCACCGUAUCUGGAUUUUACAGCGUUUGGGAAAGCUGGAUGUCAAGAUUCUCCUUGAUGAACUUUCUUCCACUAAACAUUGGGUGUCCAUGCAUGUUUCAGACCAUAGUGGAUUCCACUACCGCCAGUUCUUAAUAAAGUCCUUGAUUGGCAGAACUGUGACCGACAAUUCUAUACUGGUGCAAAAUCAGCUGGUAAAUGAGCCAACCCCCAGUCUUCCAAAGGAUGAAAAAAAUGAAGCGUCUGAAGCUGCCUGUACAGAAGAACUGAGGGUAGAUCUCCCCAAUCUUCUAAAAGAAGAGUUGGAGCUCUGCAGUGAUCUUAUUAAUACCUUCCCUGGGCAUGAAACACUGUGGUGUCACAGACGGCACGUGUUCUACCUUCAGCACCAUUUAAACAACAAACUUCCUCUUCCAAAUGUACGGUUGACAUCUGUGGACAGCAGUGAUGGAACUUUGAAUAAUUCACACCCCAGUACAGCAGUCAGUCAUGUGACUCAUGCCAUGGAUGUUGAUGGCUUAAAUGAUUCAAGCAAACAAGGCUAUACUCAAGAAACCAAACGCCUGAAGCGUGCCCCUAUGCAGGACUCUCUUGGCUUGGAAAUGGAAUACAGGUUCAUUGAUAACAUUUUAGCAACUUGCAGAGACAUAGAGCAGGUCAGGUUUGCUACUGAAUACAGGAAAUGGCUAGUUACUUUUCUAGGUCAAUGAAGGAAGUUUACAACCUUCAGGUUCCUCUUUUAGUGCAAUAUUCUCUUAUCAAACACAUGCAUGUCAUGGUUGCAAGUGUUGGCUACCCAUGUGCUUCUCACCUUUCUUUAUGGUCCGUGCUAAAAUUCAUAUACAAAGUAAUAUUUCAUUUUAUUUAUUAAAAAAAUCUAGAAUAGCUUUUUAUUAA